GAGUAAAAGAAAUGGGGGGAAAAAUUUCGUUGUUGACAAGGCGGCCUCCGGCGAAUGGAAGACUCGUCACAAUCCUCAGUAUUGAUGGCGGAGGAGUCCGAGGAAUCAUUCCGGGGGUCAUUCUCGCUUACCUUGAAGAACAACUUCAGAAACGGGACGGACCGGAUGCGAGAAUCGCAGAUUACUUUGACAUAAUUGCAGGGACAAGCACGGGUGGAUUGGUGACGGCCAUGAUUACAGCACCAAAGGACAAUCGUCCGAUGUAUGCAGCAUGUGAAAUUAAGAAUUUUUACUAUGAGAAUUGUCCUGCAAUAUUUCCCUGUAAAAAUCGCGAUACGAUUAUGGGCACAAUUAGAAGCUCGGCAGAAGCAGUCAAGGGGCCAAAGUACGACGGGAUAGAGUUGCAAUCCACAGUCAAUAAGUUGCUCGGAGACACCACUCUCAGUCAAACCCUGACCAACGUGGUCAUCCCAGCUUUCGACAUCAAGCGUCUCCAGCCGGUCAUCUUCUCCACCAUCGACGCGAAAAAGGACCGUGUGAAGAAUGCGCGGUUGGCGGAGGUUUGCCUUGGCACCUCUGCAGCCCCCACAUUCCUCCCGGCGCACUACUUCGAGACUAAGGAAGAGGACGGAACACCCUAUAGCUUCGAUCUCAUUGAUGGUGGGGUCGCCGCAAAUAAUCCCACCCUAGUUGCUCUAAGCCACAUUAGGAGAGAGAGCCUAUCACAAAACGAAUUGUUCAAGGACAUAAAUCUAAGAGACACCGAUCAAAUACUAGUGCUGUCACUUGGUACUGGUGCGGCCAAGCAUGAAGAGAAGUACAGUGCGACGAAGGCCUCGAAAUGGGGACUCAUCCCUUGGAUCUUUCAUAAUGGUUUCACUCCGUUAGUCGAUGUCUUCACCGAAGCGAGCUCUGAUAUGGUUGAUAUUCACAUGUCUACUCUCUUCCAAUGCUUGAGUAGCGAGCAAAAUUACCUCCGUAUUCAGGACGACACCUUGUCAGGAGAUGAAUCAUCGCUUGAUAAUGCGAGCCGGGAGAAUCUAGACAGGCUCGUGGAAAUAGGGGAGAAGCUAUUGCAGAAACAAGUGUCAAGGGUAAAUUUGGAGACCGGUAAGUUUGGAGAGAUUACGUCCGAAGGGAUUAAAGGAAAAUUCACCAAUGGAGACGCUCUCAGGGGCUUUGCAGAUCGGCUCUCCGGAGAAAGGAAGAGGCGAAACAAGAAGAAAUUUAUACAUCCGAAAAUGGUCUGUCGUGAUUCGUAA